AUGUUCCUUUGUAAUAACAUCACCUCCUGGCUAUGGAUUGGCCUUAUAGGGGUAUUUCUAUGUCUCAUUGUCAAACUUUUUGAGACCAGUCCAGUGCCAAAUGACAUUCCCUGGGUCUUGAAGAGGAAGGGUAUCUUGGGGCGUGCUGCAGAGCGUUUCAUUGGUGUCAAUCCAGUCGGCUUCAUUCACGAAGGGUACCAGAAGUACUCCAAGUACCAGAAACCGUUCGUGUUGCCCAGCGUCACCGAGGGCGAUGAAGUUCUGCUCCCAACAGAUCAGUCCAAUUCCAUUUUAUUUGCCGCAGAAACCAAAUUUAGCUUCAAAUCCAACAUUAUGGAGUUCUUCCAGCUUAAAUAUACCAGCUGGCCGCUGGCGUUCUCGGAGAAGUACGACUUAUAUGUCAAGGUCAUAAGCAAAGACCUCACUGAAACACUGAAAACGGAGUCUGUUGCAAUAUCACUCAAUGAGAUUUACCUAUAUUCCGCAAUGGAGAAGAUGGCAUCCCGGAUGAUCAAUGUGCUUGCGAUAGGCCCAGGCCACAGUCGCGACAAUAUUCUUCUGAGCGCCAUGACACAUUGCUCAAAUGCAAUCGUCUUUGGGGCAAGCAUCAUAAAAGCCUUCCCGUCAUUUCUUCAUCCGAUCGUCGGCCCCUUCGUUGGAUUGGUCAACAGAUACUUUGAGUUAGUCUUCCAUAGCCGUAUGAAGCCUAUCAUCGAGUCGAAGGUCGAUGAGCAGCAGAAGGCCAUGUAUUUGGACGGUCGGCAGGAAACACUGAAGCCCAAGGUGGGGGUCUUGUUGGACUUGCUUAUCCAGACUGGGCUCCGUAGUAAAUGGCCGAUGGAGAUCACGUCGAUGUGCGUUCUUCUUGACAUCUUGAGCCACCCAGUGGAAGGGAAGCUCACUAAGCUUUUGCAGGAAGAGGUUGAAAGCAUUGCUGCCAGUUCGGGCGGUGUAUGGACUGCAUACAACCUGGGAAAGGCUUCGCUUCUGGACAGUGCAGUAAAAGAGAGCCUCCGGUUGAACGGCAUUAAUGCUGCCAGCCCUACAAGGAAGGUGGUUGCACCUGACGGGGUCACCCUGGCGAACAACCUCUUCUUACCUUACGGGACCAAGGUUGGGAUCCCCCAGUAUGCCCUCCACCGUGACGAGGAAUUCUAUCCGGAGCCAGACAAAUACAAUCCCUACCGCUUCUACACGACAAAUGCCACUGCUGCGGAGAGACAUCAGAAUGGAAUGACCACAACCAGUGAUAAAUUUGUGGUUUUUGGUCACGGUCGUCGGCAAUGUCCCGGACGUUGGAUCUUCGCCCACAUCUUCAAGGUGUUUAUCGCAGAAAUGCUUCUGAAUUAUGACAUUCAACCUAUCCCAGUACGUCCCAGGAUUCAUAGAUGGGGUCGUUUCCAGCUGCCACCAGUCACAACUAGGAUCGCUGUCCGGCGCAGGAAGAGCAAAGCCCCUAUUCCCGUGUGACUGACCAGUGUUUGGAGGCGGGUAACUGGUGGAUUCCUUCCUGACCAUGAUAACCAACAUGUUUGGGAGUGUCUGCACAUAGCUCCUUGCGGCGGGAUUUGAGCCUGAUGAACAAGAUCAAGAAUCGAGAGCAAUAUAUGAGACUGUGCUUCUGAUAGUAAGGCCUUAUGC